GGUUCUUAGUCAGACUCAGCAGCUCGUUCAGUCUCUGCGAAAAGAUGUCGGACACAGAAGCAGCUUCGGUGAAGAAGAGGAAAAAGGCAAAGAGAGUCAAUGAAGAAGACGUUGGGGAGAUCCAGCAGAGCGGAGACUUCCUCAUCCAACCCGAGUCCAAGGUGGCCUCUCUGGACACGUCACAGUGGCCCCUGUUACUAAAGAAUUUUGAUAAACUGAACAUCCGGACGGCUCAUUACACUCCUCUACCGAACGGCAGCAACCCUCUGAAGAGGACCAUCCAGGAUUAUGUCAGGUCGGGCUUCAUCAACUUGGACAAACCGGCGAACCCGUCGUCUCACGAGGUCGUGGCGUGGAUUCGGAGGAUCCUGCGGGUCGAGAAGACGGGUCACAGCGGGACGCUCGACCCAAAGGUCACCGGUUGCCUGAUCGUCUGUGUGGAUCGAGCCACACGACUGGUCAAGUCCCAGCAGAGCGCGGGUAAAGAGUAUGUGGGGAUCGUUCGGCUGCACAAUGCGAUAGAGAGCGAGCACACCCUGGCCCGGGCGUUGGAGACGCUGACGGGCGCUUUGUUCCAGCGACCGCCGCUGAUCGCUGCCGUGAAACGUCAACUCAGGGUUCGGACAGUCUACGAAAGCAAACUGAUCGAAUACGACCCUGAGAGGAGAUUAGGUAUCUUCUGGGUGAGCUGUGAAGCAGGAACUUACAUCCGGACUCUGUGUGUCCACCUGGGCCUGAUGCUCGGGGUAGGUCAGAUGCAGGAGCUGAGGAGAGUCCGUUCUGGAGUGCUGGGAGAGAAGGACCACAUGGUGACGAUGCACGACGUUCUGGAUGCUCAGUGGCAGUUUGACCACAACAAAGACGAGACGUAUCUGAGGAGAGUCGUGUUUCCUCUGGAGAAGCUGCUGGUGUCUCACAAACGUCUGGUGAUGAAGGACAGCGCCGUGAACGCCAUCUGUUACGGAGCCAAGAUCAUGCUGCCGGGUGUCCUCCGGUACGAAGACGGCAUCGAGAUGAACCAGGACAUCGUUGUCAUAACGACCAAGGGAGAGGCCAUCUGCACAGCGGUCGCUCUGAUGACCACGGCGGUGAUCUCCACGUGUGAUCACGGCAUCGUGGCCAAGAUUAAGAGGGUCAUCAUGGAGAGGGACACCUAUCCUCGGAAGUGGGGUCUAGGUCCGAAGGCCAGUCAGAAGAAGAUGAUGAUUCAGAAAGGACUCCUCGACAAACACGGAAAGGCCAACGGCAGCACGCCCAACGACUGGAAGAGUCAAUACGUGGACUACAGUGUUUCCAAGGCGACUGCGGAGUCAUGUGACACUUCAGCCAAGAGGAAGAGGGAGGUGACGGACAGCGACGGCGAAGCACCAACGACGCCCAGCACGCCGACGGCUGAGGAGGUGAAGAAGAAGAAGAAGAAGAAGGAGAAGAGGGUGAAACUGGAGGAGGCGGAGCCUGAGGAGGUGGUGGCGGAGCCUGAGGAGGCGGAGCCUGAGACGGAGGUUGUGAGUGAGAAGAAGAAGAAGAAGAAAAAGAAACUAAAAGACGGCGACUCGCCAGAGUGACCACGGUGGAUCAACAGAUGGACAGGAAACUGUGACUCCGCCCACUGACACACCUGUCUGAACACGAAGCGUUCAGGAGUUUUAGAAUAAUGGACGUGCAAAGAAAGGACUUUUUUUGUUUUUUUUAUAUACAUUUUAUUGUUUUUGUUUUUUCUUUCAGCUGUAAAUACCUGAACAAGAAGUCUGUUUUGUAAUUUGAAAAUAAGUCUGUUUUCUGUAUAUAAAAAUGUCUUCAGCUGGAUUGAGAUAUAAAGUUGUGUUCACUGUUUCGAUAAGAUCUUCAUAGAUUAUCAGUUUAGGUGAAAUACACACAUUUAAUCUUUUAUGUCUUGAACCGGAUCGUUGUGUUUGCUAACG